AGUCUGAACUCGGGCACGCUUCUCCUGCGGCUUCCACUGAGCUCCUCUCCGCGCUGAUUUCGCUUUGGUUCCUUUUGGUUCCUCUUUGGUUAUGCGCGCCUCGUGCGUCUGAGCGAACCGGACACUGCGUCUCGUCUGAACCUCGUGGGCAGUUUUAACUCGAGUGGACUAAACUUUUGGCUGGGAAAGAAAGAUGGGGGACGUGAUUUCGAGUCACCUGGACGAAGCCAAGCGGGAGAUCAUCACAGCGCGGACAGCGGAGGUGAUGGGGGAGCUGGGCAGGCUGUAUGAACAACAGUACCCUGUGGCCCUAUUCAACAAAGUGCGCUUCGACAUCGAGGGAGGAGGAGGGCCCCAGCCUCAGCUACUGCAUCGGAAGAUUCCUUUAGAGAACAAGUCCAUCUUCUCCGGCUCCAUCUUCCAGUUCCAAGAGGACAAUAAAAAAUGGAGGAACCGUUUUCUGCUUGUGCCAGACUGUUACAACAUCAAUGUUUACGAAAGCAAAUCGUCCCAUGACAAACACGGGCAGCCCAAAGGGACCAUCAACUGUGCCGGGUACAAAGUGCUGACGUCUAUGGAGCAGUAUCUGGAGCUGAUCAGCAACAGCCUGCCAGAGGGGAAUGUCAAUGAAGACUCAUCCAGCCCAGGUGUGAAAGCAAAGGUUGGCAGCUCUCCGUUCCUGAAGUGCCCGUCCGAGUUCCCUCUGGUCCUGUGGCACCCGUACGCCAAACACCACUACUUCUGCGUCACCACGGAGAAGGAGCACCAGAAAUGGCACGCCGUCCUCCAAGACUGUGUCCGCCACGCCAACGACGGUUUGUCCGAGGAGAAUAAAGUGCAGACUCCUGCCUUCACAGACGCCGUGAGGCUGUAUCGUCAGGCUAAAGGACACUACGGCACAUGGGAGAUGAUGUGUGGUCAGCCUGCUCAAAUUUUGUCCAACCUGGUGAUGGAGGUUCUGCAGCCUGAGCUCAGAGACCAAAUCUCUCCUCGACUCAAAGGCAAACUGCACGACCGACAGAGGAACUGGAUGCUGAUCAGUGACGCGGUGUACAGCCUGGUGCAGAGCCAGUGCCAGGCUCAGUACGAGACCCUGGUGCAGAGGUGCGAGGCGGGGCAGCCGGCAAUCGAGGCCUCCAUCAGGACGGACAUGGACCAGAUCAUCACCUCCAAAGAGUACGUCACCAACAAGAUCAGAGUGGUGGCGCAGCCUAAGGCGGAGAAGCUGCUGAAGGUGAGCAUUGAGCCGUACAUCUCCUCCAUCCUGGACGCUCUGAUGGAGCCCACCAGCCGAGGCUUCUCUGAGGUCAGGGAGGUGUUCUUCAGAGAGCUGGUGGACAUGAGCAAGAACACAGUGAACAACGGGACCAAGGAGACUGUGGCCCAGCACAUGGAGAAGAUCUCCAUGCUGGCCUUCCACCCGGUGAAGAUGCAGAGCUGUUAUGAGAAAGUGGAGGCUCUGAGUCUGGAGGGUCUGCAGCAGCGCUUCGACGUCUCCAGCCCCAAUGUGUUUGUGCAGAGGGCCCAGAUACUCAUGAGAGAGGUGACCGUGUUGGUUCUACUGGAUCUGAGCGCUGCCUUUGACACAGUAGACCACACUAUUCUUUUAACUCGCCUAAAAGACCUCGGCCUCUCCGGUGCUGUUCACAAAUGGUUCACAUCCUACCUCACAGACAGAACAUUUAUGGAGACAUGGAAUCAACUUCCACAGCUACGCAGAUGA